AUGUGUUGUAAUGUACUUGAGGAUGAGAAUACGCCGUAUCGAGUGGCUUUGCCGGUGGUUUACAACAUUAUGACGGCGAAUCAUUUCGUUGCUGUGCGGAGACAUGAUCCGUUCAUCUAUCAACGGCACCGCUUCUUCACCCACGUCUGGGGCAGCAACAAGAACUUCAAACGCCUGCUCUCCCACCCGCUCCUAGCCCCAAUCAUGCCCAUAAUGUUCGAAAACCCCGACCCAUCCUUCAACGCGGACUGGAUCGACGAAUCGCUCACACUCGAAUGCGUAACCCAACUAAUCUGCACCGGCCGCCUGCUCUGCCUCGAAGAAGCCGGCGAAAAAUUCUCCGGCGUUGACUACUGUUCUACGCCUUCAACGUGCUAA